CCCCGCUGGCCCCACCCCUCUGUCUCUUCCCGUCGGCCCGUGACGGCUGUUCCGGGAAACCCCGUGCAAUCGCCGCCGCCAUCUUGGAGUGAGGGGAAGAAACCCCGAGCAGCCAGGGUAACCGCACUGAGAAGGAAGGGGGGAGCCAGAGAGCGGCUUCCGGAGGGUGACAGGAAUACUCACACACACAGGGAGCCGGCAGCACGGAAGGGAGGGGCUGUCACACCGAACCCGCCCAGGCUCCGCACCGUCCGACACCGCUCCCACUCAGAAUCCUCUUUGGCGUUUGUGAAUAGCGGCCCGGACCUUCGUCCCUUGCACGCGCCACCAUGGCAACCGCACCUUACAAUUACUCUUACAUCUUUAAAUACAUCAUUAUCGGUGAUAUGGGAGUAGGGAAGUCCUGCCUGCUGCACCAGUUCACAGAAAAGAAAUUUAUGGCCGACUGCCCCCAUACGAUCGGCGUGGAAUUCGGCACCCGGAUCAUCGAAGUCAGCGGGCAGAAAAUCAAACUGCAGAUCUGGGACACAGCGGGGCAGGAGCGGUUCCGGGCCGUCACGCGGAGCUAUUACAGAGGCGCGGCCGGGGCACUUAUGGUCUAUGACAUCACUAGGAGAAGCACAUACAAUCAUUUAAGCAGUUGGCUGACAGAUGCACGGAACCUCACCAAUCCAAAUACGGUUAUCAUCCUUAUAGGAAACAAAGCAGAUCUAGAAGCUCAGAGGGACGUUACCUACGAGGAGGCAAAGCAGUUUGCUGAAGAGAAUGGUCUCCUGUUCCUUGAAGCAAGUGCAAAAACAGGGGAGAAUGUGGAAGACGCAUUCCUGGAGGCAGCCAAAAAGAUCUACCAGAACAUCCAGGACGGGAGCCUCGAUCUGAACGCAGCGGAAUCUGGCGUACAACACAAACCGUCCGCUCCCCAGGGCGGCCGACUAACCAGCGAGCCCCAACCCCAGAGAGAAGGCUGCGGCUGUUAGUGACGUCCCCCCCCCCCUUCCUACCCCCGGCGGUGGCAGUUCGUUUCUUGACCUUCCCCCGCUCUGUCUGUCCCAAGCAGUAUUUUGUUACUGCCCCAUUAUCUUCUGUACAUUCUAUUGGUUUAAAUUAAAGGUGGGAGGGCGGGGCUCUGCUAAGACGACAGUUUAACCCGAUACUAAACUGCUAAAUAACUAGAUGUAUUCAGGUUAUUCCCCCGGCGAGUAAAUAAACACAAAACACACACAGAAAAAACAAAAAACAAAAAAAAACCCCUUUCCUGCAUGGUAAAAUCUAGAACUUUUUUUUUUUCUUAAUCGUAUUUGUGAUGUUCCAUGAUUUUAACAUAGCACUGAUGCUGGACUUAUCUGAUUCGUCGCCAGGCCGUCUUACAAGCUCCACCUCUUAUUGUAAGUAACGCCCCCCUUUCCUUUCCGUGAGUCGUCAUACUCUGUAGGUUUAUUUGCUGUGAAUCAGUUCACGCGGGGGCGGGGUUUCUGUAACCGCAGUGCAAGACUGAUGGCGCUCCUAGCCCCUCCCCCAGACGUUGCCUGGAAUUGCGUCUCCGUGCAGUAGGAGGAGCCAUCAGCCUUAUUAUGCGGCGGGAGGGCGGGGUUUCCAACAACGUCUGUCUUAAUCAUUCAUAGAAUAUAUAUAUUUUUCUUUUUUGUGCUUUAUCCUGUGUUUUUAUGUGGGGACUUUAACACGUACAUAUGUAAAGAAGGAGGAGCACUAACACUGACGGACAUCCUGUGUAUAUGAUUUUAACGAAGCCAAUAAAACGGAUCCCGGCGUUAGUAUAUAAAGAAAACUCACUUUGUACAGUAUGUAAGCCUCCCUUUUAGAUAAGGAGCGCCGUCUCUUUAAGAAGUGUGGCCGUUGUUUGCACUUGUCAUCGUUCAGACAUCCAUUGGGGGCGGGGAAACGAGCCGUUUGCUAACGAGCUUUCCUGCCUUACGUUGUACAGAAGGAAAAAGGCUGGGUUUGACUUUUGCACUUUUUGUUUUCCCCUCUUUCCUGUUUCUUUUAUUCUGUUUGGAAUCAGUCUGCUGCUUUUUAGGAGUUUAAAGGACAAGUAAAGCCUCAGUCAGUGGGAGGGUUGGGCCUCCACCAUUUUCCCUACAGCCUCCCAGGUAUCCCCAGUGCCGUAGUCAGGAAAACACCAAGUCGGACUAAGGCAGAGGGUAUACUUGGGAGGCCGGGGUAAGAUGGCAGAGGCGCAGCCUGAAGAAGGUCACUCAGGGCCAGGGCUUACUGUUCCAGGAUAGGGUAACUGGGAGGCCGGGGUAAGAUAGCAGAGGCGUUGCCUGAAGAAGGUCACUCAGGGCUGGGCUUACUGUUCCAGGGUAGGGUAACUGGGAGGCCGGGGUAAGAUGGCAGAGGCAGGGCCUGAAGAAGGUCACUCAGGGCCAGGGCUUACUGUUCCAGGAUAGGGUAACUGGGAGGCCGGGUCUGGGUAAGAGGUAACUGAUUAUGAAUGGCUUCUACCCUGAGCUGGCACGCCCCUAUAAGACAGCAGCCUGGGGUACUUCCAUGCAGCGAGAACCUCCGCCAUCUUCCCCCUCCCCCCCCCCCCAGACUCUCUGACUAAGGUUCAGAGGAUAUCUGGGAGCCUAGGGCAAGAUGGCGGAGACCUCCUCAGGGUAAGAGAUGUGGCCCAACCAGUUGGUGCCCUCCCCAGUGACUGAGGCUUUCCUUGUCCUUUAAUGUUCAUUUUUCUUUUAACACUACAAGUGGGCAGGUUUUUAAAGCGCAGCAUCCGGUGUUUUAGAUUGCUGUCCCCCCCCUUUCUCUCCAUGGAAUAGUCCAACGGUCACAUGAUUGGUUCCAUCCAUUCGAUGUGCUGAGCCUAUGGGAAGGGAAACUCGGGGGGAGUAUAAAGGGGCCACGCUCUCCCUCGCGCAUGGAUAGGGGAUAGUCUGAUAUGUUUGUGGCCCAGAGGAACCAAUGGAUCUGUUGGACUGGAACAGUCCCGCCUCCUCCCCUCUUCCUAUUGGCUCACUUCUAACCUGAGGUUCUUUCCAUGAAACGCCCUCAUCAUUCGGGGUUCACACAGUUUGGGGGGUUUGUCCAGGGACCACAGCUCAUCUCACUCCCCUCAUCCUGAGAUUUUAUUCCCCCCCCCCCCCAGUACCUUCAGUUACAGUCAGCCACCUGUUCAUAUCUGUGACUAAAGGGUUUUGUUUUGGACUGCUGUACUUUCCCUCGAUGUAACAAAAUGCUAUUAAUCGAAAUAUUUGUAAAUAAAGUACCUGUAUCUAGAUAAUUUA